AUGCCUGUCACCAUUCCAGAAAAACCACUCGAACUUCAUCUCAGGCGAAGAAUUCUUUUGGCCUACGAUAACUCGGAUUAUUGUAAGGAAGUCUUUCAAUAUGCACUAGACAACAUUCUGGUUCCCAAUAAAGACCACGUAUCAUUGGUCACCGUGGUGGACGAAGAACAAUCUAUGUGGUUGUUGGCACAUACCUCCAGAGCACAAAAUGCCGAAAAUAGGAAGACAAAUAGGAGAUUGUCGUUUACGGAACACUCCGAUGCGUCUGAUACCUUGAAGCCCUUAGCAGAAGAGCUAGCAAGCAAAGGGAUCACUUCAAAUUUCUACAUUCUGAAAGGUGAUGCAAAGGUUCAACUAGUAAAAUUGGCCGAGAAUUCUCAUGCUGAUUUAGUCAUAGUUGGAACUCGGGGUCUCGGAUUACUCAAACGCAACCUCCUUGGUAGCGUUUCAGAACAUGUCGUACGCCAUUGCGAAUGUUCCGUGUUGGUGGUCAAGCAGAAACAUGAAAAAACUCAAAGUCGUCCUUCGUCACCAAGCGGUUCAGGGUUCUCGAACAGUGCACGGCGGAGUCUCCAAGUGCCCAUCUCUUUGUUCAGAACCUUGACCAA